UACAUACACACACACACACAUAUAUAACAAUGGAACAAAAUCUACCAGUUUUAGCCAAGAAAGUUUGGAGCUUGGUUCGUGUGGUUUACUUCAUGUUACGAAAAAGCAUAUGCAAGAGAAAACUAUUGCUGGAUCUCAACAUGAUGAUUAAGCGUGGCAAGAUCGCCGGAAAAGCCUUGCAAAACCUUAUGUUCCACCACCACAACAACUGGGCUGCUUUCACCUCCACCGCCACCAACAACCGCCGCUCACAUGACCAUCAUCAUUCCCACCGUCAAAUCUCUAUCUCUAAUAAUAAUUGCAUUCCGCCGGUAGAUGAAUACGAGUUCAGUUGCAGCAACAGCCCAGCUGCUGCUCCAUUCUCUCUAUUUUCCUUUCACAAGAAACACCACCACCACCAAUCCAGGGCGGAGGAUGUUGACAUGAUGGCCGUCAAUGCGGCGGUGUCGAAAGCCAUGGAGAUGAUUCACAGUGAGUUAUCAUCGCCAGCGCUGCCAGGGUUUGGGAGGAGUCCGAUGGUUAGACAACUGAGGGUAACCGACUCUCCGUUUCCAUUGAGUAGCGUGGCAGAGGAGGAUAACCAUGUGGACGAGGCGGCAGACCAGUUCAUAAGCAGGUUCUACAACGACUUACGGCGGCAGAAUAUCAAGGCAGCAGCGGCGUUUGGUUCGUCAUGAUCAAUCAAUUGGUUUCAGUUUCUUGUUCCGUUAUGUCGUCGUUAAUCACAAGUGAUUUUUAGAUAGAGCUUGUAAAAGUUAAUCGUAAGAGAAUGUGGGAUUGGGUGUA